CUUCGUGUACGAAGUUUACAAACUGUCAGCUGCUGAACUUUUUAUCAGCACGUUACGUGAGGACGGUUUAAGUUCAAGUGAAGAUCUUCGAUGUGACACCAAGGUGGGAAAAGUGCUGUUGACCCGCUACUGCUUCAGGGGGAACCUUUGAGCUGAGCGGCUUAUUUCCACCCGGAGCACUGCUACACCGGGACCGUAAAUAGAGACACCGUCGUAGCUGCCUCUGUCGUCCGACCGGUGCAGGGAAACGAUGAGGGUUUAAGUAGAAAAACCACCGUUUCAAUGACACACUUCGGCGUGUUGACUCUAUUGGAAAGCAGAACCGUUAAGCUCUUAGGUUCCGGUGUAAAAAGGUGAAUAAUUUCCGGGAUGGAUUCGUGUCGGCAGACAGGACUCAGCGGGGUUCUGUGUUCACUGUCACUGCUGUGUGUCAUCCUGGACAUCCAGCUGGACGGCGUCUUAGGGGCAACUCAUGUGGAGAUCGAGCACCACUUGGAGAUGGGCCGCAAACUUUUGGCUGCUGGGCAGCUGGCUGAGGCCUUAUCCCACUACCACUCCGCUGUGGAGGGAGACUCCAAGAAUUACCUGACCUACUACAAACGAGCUGCAGUGUUUCUGGCAAUGGGGAAAUCCAAAUCUGCCCUGCCAGACUUGACCAGAGCUAUCCAGCUUAAACCUGACUUCCUGGCUGCCCGGUUACAGAGAGGGAAUAUCUUAUUAAAGCAGGGCAACACACAGGAGGCCGUGGACGACUUUGAAGCUGUGCUGCUGCGCUCUCCAGACCACGAGGAAGCUCAGGAGCAGGAGAUGAAAGCCAGCGAGCUGGUGGAGCUCCGGGAGGAAGCCCAUGCUGCGUACCACCAAGGAGACUACAGCACGACCAUCAACGUGCUGGAGAGAGUCAUCGAGAUCUCUCCCUGGGAUCCAGAGAUGCGGGAGCUUCGUGCAGAAUGUUACAUCCGAAUGGGAGACCCACAGAAAGCCAUCCAGGAUCUGACGCCGACCACAAGGCUUCGCAACGACAACCGCGCCGCCUUCCUGAAGCUCAGCAUGCUGCACUACAGCCUCGGAGAACACCACGAGUCCCUUAAUCACAUCAGAGAGUGUCUGAAGCUGGACCAGGACGACAAAGAGUGUUUCAGCCACUACAAGCAGGUGAAGAAGCUCAGCAAGCAGCUGGAUGCUGCAGAGGAGCUCAUACAAAUGGAGAGGUACGAAGAAGCCAUAGAAAAAUAUGAAUCUGUGAUGAAGACGGAGCCGAAUGUCGCCUUCUACACCAACCUGGCCAAAGAGAGGGUCUGUUUCUGCUAUUUGAAGCUCAAGCUGGCUCACGAGGCGAUAGACGUGUGUUCAGAGGCUCACCAAAGAGACCCACGCAACGCCAACAUCCUCAGAGACCGAGCUGAAGCCUACAUCCUCAACCAGGACUAUGAGAAAGCUGUGGAGGAUUACCAGGAGGCACAAGAGUUCGACAGCGACAGCCACGAAAUCAGAGAAGGGCUGGAGCGAGCUCAGAAACUUCUAAAAAUCUCUCGUAAACGAGACUACUACAAGAUCCUGGGGGUCGGCAGGAGUGCAAACAAGCAGGAGAUCAUAAAGGCGUACAGGAAGCUGGCACAGCAGUGGCACCCCGACAACUUCCAGUCGGAGACGGAGAAGAAAGAAGCAGAAAAGAGGUUUAUCGACAUCGCAGCAGCUAAGGAAGUCCUCACAGACCCAGAAAUGAGGCAGAAGUUUGACGCUGGUGAGGAUCCUCUGGACCCAGAGAACCAGCAGGGUGGCGGAGGUGGAGGGAGAGGAGGUUGGCCGUUCCCCUUUGACCCAUUUCAGUCCGGCGGCAGCUUCCACUUCAGGUUCCACCAUAACUAGAGAUGCUACGGGACUACAGGAACUCGAGCCGAGUAGGUUUAUGGAGACGUCUUCCUUGGAACUUUUGCUUUGGCUUGGACAUGUUUGUUACUUGAACUCUUGAUUUUUAAAGCAGAGGACGUAAAAAAAAAUUGGACUUCUUUUCAAUGAGGACCCUACUGUGGUGACUGCUGAAGGAAGAAUAUGAAGUCAACACUUAAGAGCUUUUGAACGGACAGGUUGGUGGUUUUAAACACUCGAUGGGGGACAUUUGGGGUGUCUGCUCUUAUUUUUUCUUUCUUUGUGCCAUUUUCUGUAGAAACUUUUUUAAUGCAGUUGCUCAUACUUUGACAUCACACAGGACUGUCAGCAGGCCACAGUAUUCUUUAAAAGGAAUUAUUACACAUUUACUGAUCUCAGUCUUUGAUUUUGACCUCUCUGCAUUUAAAGAGUUGAGGUUUUUCUACAAGACGACGGCAUUGUUGAGCUUCUGCAGUGACAGUAAGUAAAGUAGGGGGGACUUAAGCUCUAUUUAAGGAAUCUUGUAGGUGUUAAAGUUUGAAAUCCUAUGGAUCUUACAUCAGCGCCGCUCUGUGAUUGUUUUAAUGUUAUUCUGAAGUUUGUUUUCUACAGCUGUCUAAAAGGAAUUAUGUGUGAAUUCUGUGUCUUAAACAGGCUAUUUAUGCAGCUCCAAUCUUCACAGAUAAUUUAACACAUAGUUUGAACUGAAAAAGUAUUUUUCAGGUUAAAGGUGUAGCAGCAGCAGAUGACGCUACACGAGAUGUUAAAAUUCUCUUUUUGCUCCUUUCAAAGUGUGUCUUUGAAAACUUGCACUUUUACCCUUUUUUUCUUUGCAGAACCACUCCAAGCACUCUCCACUCCUGAAAUGUUACUGCAGGCUUUUAGAAGCCUUUUAAAGACUUCACAAACCAACUGUGUCUUCAGUGGUUAUGAGAGCUUCAAUAGAAAGAAGUUUUCACAGGAAAGUGGAGUGGUGCAUCAGUUACUGAUCUAAGUAACUUCUGAAACUUACUGUAAGGAACACAGGACUCAUAAUGGCUUGAUUUGAAACCAUUAAGUUGCAGAAAGAAGUGCAACUAUGUAAAUGAGGACAGGUUAGGCACACAGUUGUUUAACCAUAAAACUGAUUUCACAUCGGGAGCACAAACUAAGUUAUAAUGUUGAUAACAUGAUACUGCUCUACUGUGUGAGGAUAAAAUGUGACGGGCUCUUUGUAUUUAAACGGUUUGAGUUGAACUUUUUUGUUUUCUGGGUUUUUUUGGAAGUUUUUCUGUUUGUGGCUUCAAUUUUACUGUUGCCAAACUGAAUCAGCAGAUGUGCUAAAGCAUAUUAAAAUACUG